AUGAUUUUCGUUAAUAGUGUUUUGGGCUUUGCGAAAGGGAAACAUGGGAAAGCUGAAAAUAGAAAUGGGGAGUGGGGAACUACACAUGCGAGAGAAUAUCACCUUCAUAACACAGCUCAUCACUUGAAGGUUCGAGAUUGGACAAAAGCUACUGGUUUCUUCACGGUUAGAAGAUGGCUUGAGAAAUGA